GAAAGUUUGGCAGCAUAAGAGAAUCAGCAUGAAGCCAAUCACGUCUGCACAAAGUAAUUAAUUUAAUAAACCUUUGUUGCUGUUCUGGCUGUUGUUUUCUAGCAGCGAAAACUAUGCUUAGCUUGCCCGCUCAGUCUCCACCUGCUCCCCGCCGCCUCGCCCAGUUACAACUUUCAAGGCAACAAGCAAGUUCAGAGUCAUAUCACACCCUCUUCGUUAUCAACAACCACCACCACAAUUCAUUCUUCCCGACUCCCCAUCCUUUUUAGACAUACACAUAGAAACGUGCAGACUCCUCACACAAGGCAAUAAUGGGGAGCCAAAAACGUAUCGCUAAGGAGUUCAAUGAACUAAUGGAGUCGCCGCCAACGGGCAUCUCCGUCACUCUCGCAAAUGGCUCAGACCUCUAUAACUGGAAAGUCCACAUGCAGGGUCCCGAAUCCUCACCGUACAAUGGCGGCAACUUCAUCAUAAACCUCUCCCUCCCAAACGACUACCCCUUCAAACCGCCCACAGUCUCCUUCGACACAAAAAUCUACCACCCAAACGUUACCAACGAUGACAAGGGGAGCAUGUGUCUAGGGAUGCUCAAGUCUGACGAGUGGAAGCCUUCGUCCCGGAUUGCUGCGGUGCUGGAGUUCGCGAGACAGUUGCUUGUCGAGCCGAUGCCGGAUGAUGCAGUCGAGGGCCGUAUUGCGGAACAGUAUCGCGAUGAUCGUAAGAGGUUCGAUGAGAUUGCUAGAGAGUGGACGAGGAAGUAUGCAUCGGGGAAAUAGUUGAAUUUGGGGGGAAGGGUGGCAUAGAAAUGUUAUAGAUAGAUGCAGGUGGGGCUGUGGGUAGAUUGCUGGGGGCUUAUUUCCGAUGAGAGAGGGGGCGGGCGGGGUGAAAAGGCUAGGUAGAGCGGGCGAUUGGUUGUUGGAUGGGUUUGAUUUUUUUUUACGAUUAUCCCUCUGCUACAUUUUUCAUCUUUUCUUUCCCUGCAUUACCAUUUGGUUUUGUUCGCUUUAUUGAGGGUUUGAUGGUGGGCAUCAUGGUUCUUGUCCCUGGUCAUAUCCAAUACUUUCGGUGGGCAUGUUCUCUCCUUUUCUUUCUACAUGUUAGGGUUCCUGGGCAUAUUCAUGUGCAUUCUCGCCAGCGUUGAUGGGAAGAAAGUGUUGGGCAGAGGGGAGGUUAUGCUUCGAUUUUUGGUUCCUUUGCAUGUUUUUUUCUUUCUGGCCUUGCAUGCAGGUACUAUCUGGCGUUUAUUUUUCUGAUCGUUUCCUUUAUGAAGUCUUCGUAACUACGCUGUGGAGAUGGAUUUGUUAGAGAAAGAGAGAGAUAGAGAGAGAUAGGCUCGGGUAAAUUGCCGAUUCUAAUAUAGAUAUAUAAACCACGAGAUAUUAAUAACCAGUAGCUAGAGUCUGGAUUGGACAUUCCGCUGCAGUGUAAAGUGGUUUUGCUGAUUAAAUUGCAUUUAUCUGAGUUCACCAUCAAGCAAAGGUAAAACUUCAGACAUUAUUUUUGUUCUCCCAGCGAAAAUAUGUAUAAGUUAGAGCGAAACGAAGGAGUAAGAGUAAGGGUGUUUCUCGAUGUGCUAAUACUUAUAUAUGGCUAUCAAGGUUUUUUA